UGCAUUGAGUAUGAAGGUGGUAGUCAUGAGCCCGGGAGAAAGUCAGCCAUACGUGUGCCCAUGAGAACAUUUCACCCAUGACCCUAGCCUUGAACGUGCGUGUAUCCGCCUCUUGUCCCCGGCGUGAUCCCUCCCUCUCUCCCUUCGUGUGAAGCUUGGCGGGCGGUGUUGGCGCGCUAGGCUUUGCGGUGUGUCGCUUAGUCUCGUAGCCUUGUCCUCGUUGUCUCCGGUGUCAUGGCGCAGAGCACUGCCGGUCCCCUCCCCACCAUUCAGGCAGGCCUGAGGGAGGCCCUGCUGGAAACGCUGAGCGGUAUUCUGUCGCCGGGACAUGAGGUGCGGGCAGCGGCGGAGGAGCAGCUAAAAGUGCUAGAAGUGACAGAGGAAUUCGGGGUACAUUUGGCUGAGCUGACAGUUGACCCACAAGGUGCCCUGGCCAUUAGACAGCUAGCAUCUGUGGUUUUGAAGCAGUAUGUUGAAAAUCAUUGGUGUGCCCAGUCAGAGAAGUUCAGAUUGCCUGAGACUACUGAAAGGGCAAAAGCAGCCAUCCGUUUGUUGCUUCCUCGAGGUUUGCGGGAGUCGAUAAGCAAAGUACGUUCCAGUGUUGCGUAUGCUGUGUCUGCCAUAGCACACUGGGAUUGGCCUGAAGCCUGGCCUCAACUUUUCAAUUUGCUCAUGGAAAUGCUAGUGAGCGGUGAAAUCAGUGCUGUUCAUGGUGCUAUGAGAGUGCUGACAGAGUUCACUAGGGAAGUGACAGAUACACAGAUGCCCUUAGUUGCUCCUGUCAUCCUGCCAGAGAUGUACAAGAUCUUCACUAUGAGUGAUGUUUAUAGCAUUCGGACCCGAGCCCGAGCUGUUGAGAUCUUCACUACGUGUGCACAUAUGAUCUGUACUAUGGAGGAACUGGAAAAGGGUGUAGCCCAUGCAUUGAUCUUUCCUGUAGUGCAGCAGUUUACCGUGGCCUUUGUGCAGGCUUUGCAAUUACCUGAUGGUCCUACUUCUGACAGUGGCUUAAAGAUGGAGGUAUUAAAGGCUGUAACUGCGCUAGUAAAGAAUUUUCCUAAGCACAUGGUGUCAUCAAUGCAGCAGAUCCUUCCUAUUGUUUGGAAUACGCUGACUGAGAGUGCUGCCUUUUAUGUCAGAACCGAGGUAAAUGAUACAGAAGAUAUAGAGGACCCUGUGGAUUCUGAUGGUGAAGUUUUAGGAUUUGAAAACCUGGUGUUUAGUAUCUUUGAGUUUGUGCACACCUUGCUAGAGAACAAGUUUAAAGGGACAGUGAAAAAAGCUCUUCCAGAGCUGUUCUACUACGUUAUACUCUACAUGCAAAUCACAGAAGAACAGAUAAAAGUGUGGACUGCAAAUCCUCAGCAGUUUGUUGAAGAUGAAGACGAUGACACGUUUUCAUACACUGUCCGCAUAGCUGCCCAGGAUCUUUUGCUGGCAGUAUCCAGUGAGUUUCAAAAUGAGAGUGCAGUUGCACUUGCUGCUGCUGCUACUCGUCAUCUUCAAGAGGCUGAACAGAUUAAGGGCCAGGGGGGAGAGCACUGGUGGAAGAUACACGAGGCUUGCAUGCUGGCCUUGGGCUCAGUGAAGUCUGUAAUAAUAGAUGGUGUGCAAAGUGGACGAGUUCAAUUUGACAUGCCUGGCUUCUUAACUGGUGUCAUUCUUGCAGACCUUAAUCUUUCAGUUUCUCCUUUUCUCUUGGGACGUUCGCUUUGGGCUGCCAGUAGAUUUACAGCUGCAAUGUCACCAGAGCUGAUACAGCAGUUUCUUCAGGCCACAGUCAGUGGGCUGCAUGAUAACCAACCACCCUCAGUAAGAAUAUCUGCCGUCCGAGCUAUCUGGGGAUACUGUGAUCAGCUGAAGAUCUCUGAAAGCACUCAUGUGCUCCAGCCAUUCCUGCCCAGUGUGGUCGAUGGACUUAUCCACCUGGCAGCCCAGUUCACGUCUGAAGUUCUGAAUCUUGUAAUGGAAACGCUUUGCAUUGUCUGCAGUGUGGAUCCAGUGUUUACAGCCAAUGCUGAAUCCAAAAUCUGCCCUUUCACAAUCGCCAUUUUCCUCAAGUAUAGCAAUGAUCCUGUUGUUGCUUCUUUGGCUCAAGAUAUUUUUAAAGAGCUGGCUCAAAUAGAGGGAUGUCAGAGUGCUAUGCAGAUGAGGCUUAUUCCCACUUUAGUCAGCAUAAUGCAGGCUCCUGCUGAGAAGAUCCCAAGUGGUCUUUGUGGGACUUCAAUUGAUAUUUUGACCACAGUUGUCAGGAACACAAAGCCACCUCUUUCAGAGCUUCUCAUUUGCCAGGCUUUUCCUGCAGUUGCCCAGUGUACCCUACGUACAGAUGACAAUACCACUAUGCAGAAUGGUGGUGAAUGUCUUCGCGCCUACGUUUCUGUUGCAUUGGAGCAGAUUGCACAAUGGCAGGAUGAGCAGGGUCAUAGUGGUCUUUGGUAUGUUAUGCAAGUAGUUAGCCAGCUACUGGAUCCUCGCACUUCUGAAUUCACUGCAGCAUUUGUAGGGCGCCUUGUCUCUACCCUAAUUUCUAAGGCUGGACGUGAACUGGGAGAAAAUCUGGACCAGAUUUUGCGAGCUAUCCUAAGCAAGAUGCAGCAAGCAGAGACACUUAGUGUCAUGCAGUCAUUAAUUAUGGUGUUUGCACAUCUAGCAAACUCUCAACUGGAGCCUUUGCUUGAGUUCCUUUGCAGUCUGCCCGGGCCCACUGGUAAACCCGCUCUAGAAUUUGUAAUGUCAGAAUGGAUGAGUCGACAACAUUUGUUCUAUGGGCAAUAUGAAGGCAAAGUCAGUUCAGUGGCUUUGUGCAAGAUUCUCCAAUAUGGCAUUACAAUGGAUGACAAAAGACUGCAAGAUAUUAAAGUAAAGGGAGAUGAAGUAUUUGAUAUGGAAGAAGGAAUCCGCACCAGAUCUAAAACUUCAAGAAAUCCUCAACGUUUUACAACUAUACCUCUACUGGUUAAGAUCUAUAAACUGAUAAUUAAUGAGCUGUCAAAUGUCAUUGAAGCUAAUGCUACAAGGCAGACUGAAGAUGAGUGGGCCCAGGGUAAUGGAGAUGACGCAAAUGAUAUGUGGGAAGAUGACGAAGAUGAGGAUGAAGGUUUGGCAGGACAACUGUUAUCAGAUAUUAUAUCAAGCAAUAAAUAUGAUGAUGAUUAUUAUGAAGAUGAUGAGGAAGAUGACCCUGAUGUUCUCAAAGACCCAUUGUACCAAAUAGAUUUACAGACGUAUCUGACAGAGUUUCUGCAGCAGUUUGCCCAACAGCCAUGUUUUUCUGCAUUCUCUGAACAUUUAAAUGCCAACGACCGUCGAAUCCUUCAAUCAAUUGGCAUAUGAGGAUACUGGACUAAAGUAUAAUGAAAAAAUUCAUUCUGUGAAGUUGCAGCCCAGCACCAUGUUUAACCUAGGACUUGAAAGCACUUGCUGGUUGUAUUUUUUGACAGACUGACCCCGUGAUGUUUGACAAGAUCAGUUUUCCAUUGACUUUACUUGGGGCAUAAUUUCACUCCAUUGCCAUUCAUCAAUAAUUGAUCUUGUUGGCAUAUAGUGAGUGGUACACAGUAUGACAGGGGGUGACUGCCAUUUGAAAAGCUGUUACACAUUCUGCCGUGUAAACUAAACUUAUUCUGAACCCCUAAAAGCUUCAGUCCUCGGCAUUUAGCUGUCUUGGAUUUAGUAUAUUAGAAUUUUAAUUCAUGUGGGUGAUAUCCCACUUUCCACACCCCUUCCAUAUUCAGACCUUAAAAACACGGUGCCUUGUAUGAUGAUGCAGAGAGUAGUAUGCACAAUUGUUCAGGGCCAAGUCAACCUCUGCACUAUACUGCUGUGUCCUGGUCUUAUUCCUUCAGGAGCCAAGACUGGGAAAGCACAACUAGCAGAAUUAUCCAACUGUAGCUGUAGUAUUCUAGUGCUGCUAAUUUAAUUAACGUGAUGCCCAAAAGGGCCUAUAGAUAAAGAAAGAAAUCUGGGUGUAACGGAGAGCUAUGUAAACCUUAUCUUGAAACCUGCUGAGGAACGUGCAUUUAUGCCAUUAGGAUGUUUUUAUAGGUACAAAUCUAGUCACCGCUGCAUCCAAUAUUAUGAACAGUAUUUGAAAGAACUUUUAGUCAGAGUUAAUGUAAGACUAUGCUUAGACAUUGAUUUGAUUUUCGGCCUAUACCACCACUGCUGGGAAAACACAUUCCUGAGGAUUAUCUGGUCUGAUCUGCUGUGGAAAACUUUCAGAAAAAUCAGGUUCAGAAAAAUGUACAAAAAUGAAUGAAGGAACCAUUAGGAGGUCCUACUAAUAAUGAAAUAUCCAAGCCUCAACUCUAACUCGAACUUUCACAUAUAACAUGGACAAUUUUGAAGACCUCUAGUGUGGAGUUUUUUUUUUUUCUUAUCUUUUGCAAAAAGACUCUAAUAGAAGUCAAUUAAGAAAAAUAAAAUAUGUGAAUUUAUAGCGCAUUAAUUUCAAGACAUGGUAUUGUGUUGUCUGAGCUAACAGCUUUCAGUAAGAGUUAUGGUUCAAAGCCAGUACAAUCAAAUGCCUCUUGCCAGAUCUGUGCUGUGCUCUAAACUCUUAAAGUGUAGUCACUGAACAGGAAAAGUGUGUGU